AUGGUGCUCUCAAAUGCAACAGAAAAUUUUGAUCGCACCAAUAAGCUCGGACAGGGUGGCUUUGGUUCUGUUUACAGAGGGAAAUUGCCAAAUGGAGUAGAAAUUGCUGUAAAAAGGCUAGCAAGAUCCUCAAACCAAGGGGUGGAAGAGUUCAUGAAUGAGGUUGAGGUGAUUUCUCGGCUUCAGCACCGCAAUCUUGUUAAACUUCUUGGUUGUUGUGUUGAAUCAGAAGAAAAACUGCUAGUUUAUGAAUACAUGCCAAAUGGAAGCUUGGAUACCUAUCUCUUUGGUUCCCAUAAACAUGACUUUCUUAAUUGGCAAACACGCAAAUUAAUUAUUAAGGGAAUCUGUCGAGGCCUCCUUUACCUACAUCGCGAUUCAAGGUUAAGGAUUAUUCACAGAGAUCUAAAGGCAAGUAAUAUCUUGUUGGAUGAAGUGUUUAACCCUAAAAUAUCCGACUUUGAUAUGGCAAGGAUUUUCGGUGGCAAGAAAUAG